GUACCAAGAAAAUUUAGCUACCGGAUCGAUAAUUUAAAAUUUGCAAAGAACUACACCAUUCGGUUGUACAGUAUAGAUGAUGCCCUCCAACACACAAGCGAUGAAAAAAUAGUGUACGCUUUAACACCCAACUGUUUGGAAGCCACGGGGUACAACCAUUCAGUAUGUGCUCCGGAGAAACCAAAAAAUCUAACAUUGGAAGUUCUCACACCUGCUCACAUGGAUUUGAAUGUUAAGUUUGUCAACGUGUCAUUAUUGUGGGAACCACCGGACCACACGCACAACGGAAAUGACGUACUGCGUUACAUCUUAGUCUACCGGAAGGAGCCUCCGUUUGAUGUAGCAAAACAUCUCGAACCGCAUAAAGGAGAAGUCUUUUUAAAUGCUUCUGCAACCUCGGUAACACUGUAUAAUCUUCACAAUCAUAACCUCUACAGCUUUGAAUUAUCUGCUGUAACAACAGGAGGAAAGGGAGAUAGUGAAUUUAUCAAAGUGUACAUAGGUUUUAAACUGAAUCGGAAGAAGGAUUGUAGGAAAUACGCUAACGUGCAUCAAUGUUUAUACACCCCGGACGAUGCAUAUACCGAGGAACCAAGUAGUACUGAGCAGUCUGAUAAAGAAUCAGAACCUAGUCUAACUAUCACAGAGAUAUUGUCUGUAGUGUUAGUACCUUUGGUCCUCUUCAUCAUCUUAGUAGUAGUAAUAGGGUUUAUUAUUGCAAAACGGAGGAGGAGAUACAAGAGGUAUCCAUCGCAGAGACGAUUUGGACCAGUUGAGGAAAUGAAUCCUAUAUAUGAUGGAAUGGCUUUGAAUAUAAACAGUGAAAAGAAAGCCCAGUUUGCAAUGGAUGGGUAUGAGAUUGAUUAUUCCUGUCUAGAUUUCAUCUCUGUUAUCGGUGAGGGAGCUUUUGGAAAAGUUGUCAAAGCAGAGUAUUAUCCUAAUCCUGAAGAUAGAAGAAACCAACAGGGCACUAUCGUAGCUGUCAAAAUGCUGAGAGACUUUUAUACCGGUGAUGAGUCCAGGAACUUCCUGUUAGAGAUACAAGCUAUGAAGAAUUUGGGCCACAACCCUUACAUAGUUAGCAUCAUUGGUUGCUGUUUGACUGGACCUAAAUUAUGUCUCAUCAUGGACUAUUGUGCCUUAGGGGACUUAAGAAAUUAUCUCAGGAAAUAUAGAGAGAAACUGAUGUACUCUAUAUCUACGCCAUAUGGACUAAUGACAAAGCCAACAAACUGUUAUAUGCAAGAUCAGGUGUACCGACCUGAAAAACAGACUAGCGAUGGAAGUGGAAGUUCUGAUUUGAGUGAAACUGCUGAAAUCUCUGAAGCACAGUUAAUAUCAUAUGCCAGACAAAUAACUAUGGGAAUGGUCUAUCAACCAACUUCAGCAAGAAAACUACCUUACAAAUGGAUGGCGAUCGAAUCGUUAUUUAGUCAAAGAUUCACCGUGAAGAGCGAUGCGUGGUCGUUCGGAAUUGUGUUGUGGGAAAUUGUUACAUUAGGAGGAUCCCCGUAUCCAAGCAUUCCAUUAAAAGACUUGUAUGGUUUACUUAAUGACGGUUACAGAAUGGAGAAACCGGAAAACUGCAGCACAAAAUU